AUGCAGACACGUCUGUUACCUCCAGAACCUAUUCUACCUCCUGAAGAAGAAGUUCCACAAUUAUUUUGUCAAUUGGAUAUACUUCGUCGUUCGGAAGAUGCUGAUUAUGCUUAUUGGAAAGAAAAGGCUCGUUGGGUACGUUUUGAAGAAAUAGCAGAAAAUGUUCUUGGUCGAUGGUCAAAACCUCAUGUAGCAACAUUAAUGCAAUCAGCAUUAUUAGAUUUAAAAAGUCUUCUUGAAAAUGGUGUUAUUCUUCUUGAUAUUCCAGCUAAUGACUUAGCAACUGUUUCACAAGCGAUUGUUCAAUCGUUAGCUGACUCAAAAUAUAUUGAAAAUUCAUCAUAUGCACAAAAACUUGUUUGCAUUCUUGGUUUACCACAUUUUCAUCAUUAUGAAAAACGUUCAGUAACAAAAACUGCUAGUUCAGUUAGUUUAUCAAAACAAGGUCUUCAUCCAAGUCCAAGUUUUAUUAUUAAUAAUAAUCUUGGUCUUAAUCGACGAGACGAUGAAAGUGUUACAUCAGCAGGACGUCUUCUUGAAAAACCAUCAGGUUCUCCCGAUUUGGCACGAGCUGAUCGCGAAGAAACCAUUAGUAUGACACCCUCAUCAUCAAAAAAUUGGUUAAAAGUUGAUAAGAAUCUUUUUAAAAGUUCGAAUAAAAUUUCUACGGAAAGAGAUGAUUAUAAUCAAAAAUUACAAAGAAAAAUGCAAGAUAAAUCUGAAGGUGCAUCAAUACUUAUUUGUCCAGUUGAUUUUGUUACUGAACAAAUAGUUGUUUUUGUUCGUUUACAAAAAGCUGUUGAAUUAUCUGGCAUGCUUGAAAUAAAAUUAUCUACACGUUUUCUUGUUGUUUUAAUUGGUCCAGAAGAAAGUGAAAAGCAAUUAUUACAAAUUGGAAGAACAAUGGCAACAAUAUUAACUGAUGAUAUUUGUCGAGAAUAUGCUUAUUCAGCAAAAGAUUCCGAUGAGAUUUUAAAAAUGAUGAAUCGAUUUAUGCAAGAUACAUAUGUUAUACCGCCAUCUGAAUGGGAUCCAACUAUUCGUAUCGAACCACCACAAAAUUAUAUGAGCAAAGAAGAACGACAAGCACAAGCAGCAGAAGAGAUUAUCGGUGAAGAUGAAGAAAUUGAUUUAACUCCUCAUACAGAUCCUAAUCUAGUAGCAUCAAAAAGACCAUUUCAUGGUCUUUAUAUGGAUAUUCGAAAUAAAUUACCAUUUUAUCUAUCUGAUUUUACUGAUUGUGCCAGUUUACAAUGUUUAGCAGCUACACUUUAUUUAUAUCUUGUAUGUCUUUGCUCAGUUGUUGCUUUUGGUGGUAUGCUUGGAACAGCAACAGAAAAUUAUAUGGCUACUAUGGAAUGUAUUCUUGCUGCAUCUAUUGCUGGUAUUCUAUUUGCUUUAUUUGGUGGACAACCAUUGAAUGUACUUUCUGCUACGGGUCCUAUGUUAAUUCUUGAACGUAUAUUAGAACAUAUGUGCAAAGAUUAUCAUAUUAAUUUUCUUGAAUUUCGUUUAUGGAUUGGUAUAUGGAUAUUUUUAUUAUUACUUAUAUUUGUUACAUUUAAUUUAAGUUUUCUUGUUAAAUAUAUAACACGUUUUACUGAAGAUUGUUUUGCAUCAUUAGUUGCACUAAUAUUUAUCUAUGAUGCUAUACGUGAAAUAUUAAAAAUUCGUAAACUUUAUCCUGUUAAUUAUCGACCAAAUAUUUUAUUAGAUUAUUCAUGCUCAUGUUUAUUUACUGAUAUUCUAUAUAAUGAAACAUCAAUAAAUGAUACAAAUAUUGUUGAUUAUUUAUUUCAUGGAACGAAUUUAAAUAAAACAUCACAAUUAGCAUGUACACGUGCAGGUGGUUUUGUUAUUGGUUCGGGUUGUUCAACACCUGUUUAUCAUGCUGAUAUCUUCUUUUUCUCUGUACUUUUAUUUAUUUUUACAUUCUUCAUAUGUAUGGCUUUACAAGAAUUCCGUCACAGUACAUUUUUUCCAUCGAAAGUUCGAACAUUUCUUGGUGAUUUUUCUGUAUUAAUUGCUAUUGUAAUAAUGUCUGUAUGGGAUACAUAUUUACAUUUAAAUACACCGAAAUUACAAGUACCAACAGAAUUUAUACCAACACGACCACACGAUCGUGGAUGGAUAAUACCAUUUUUUGGUAAAAACCCUUUAUGGACAAUACCAGUAGCUAUCCUUCCAGCUUUAAUAGCAACAAUACUUAUAUUUAUGGAUCAACAAAUAACAGCUGUAAUUAUUAAUAGAAAAGAAUUUAAACUAAAAAAAAAACUCGGUUAUCAUCUUGAUUUAUUUAUUUUAUCGAUCACAAUUCUAAUACAAUCAGUGCUUGGUUUACCAUGGUUUGUUGCAGCUACAGUUUUGGCAUUAACACAUGUGAAUGCAUUGAAAAUUAUGAGUGACAAUUCUGCACCAGGAGAAAAACCAAAAUUUGAAGGAAUUCUUGAACAACGUGUUAGCGCAUUGUUAAUGGCUAUUUUAACUGGUUUAAGUGUAUUUUUUACACACAUUUUAGGCUAUAUUCCAAUGCCUGUUCUCUAUGGUGUUUUUAUGUUUAUGGGUGUUACUGCUUUACGUAAUAUGCAAAUUUUUGAUCGUAUUUUAUUAUUUUUUAUGCCACAAAAACAUCAACCAGAUCAUCCCUAUUUACGACAUGUAAGAAUAACACGUGUUCAUCUAUUUACUAUUAUUCAAGUAAUUGCACUUGUUGGUAUGUUCGCAAUAAAAAGUAUCAAAUCAAUUGCAAUUGGUUUUCCACUAUUAGUAUUAGCAACAUGUUUUGUUCGUAAAUUAAUGGAUAAAAUCUUUACUCAAGAAGAACUUUAUUGGCUUGAUGAUAUUUUACCUGGAAAAAAUGCUGGUCGAGUUCGUCGUGUUUCAAUUAUGCGAAAUGUUCAUAUCCAAAAAGAUUCGGAAAAUAAUAAUACUCGAAAACGAUCAUUGUCAUCCGAUAAUCUACAAAUAUCAUCUAAUGGUUAUAAUCAUGAUAUAAUAGAUAAUAAAUUAUCAAAUAUAACUGAGGUAUUAAAACGACAAGAUCAUAAUUCUAUACCGAUUGGUAAUUCUGAUCAGUCAUCUAAUCCAUUAAUCGUAAUUACGGAUACGUCACCAUCAUCGAAUACAACCGAAGAAGCUGAACAUUUAAUGCAUCGUGAAUUAUCAUUUGAUAAAUAUCAUGAUGUACAUUUCAAACUUGGUCGAACACAUGUGUAG